AUGCCUACUAUCAGUGUAGGGCGGGAUCGUCUGUUUGCGGCUCUAGGAAGAACUUACACGCAAGAGGAAUUUGAAGACCUGUGUUUCAGUUUCGGAAUUGAGCUUGACGAUGUUACUACAGAAAAAGCAAUUGUGAGAAAAGAGAAGCAUUUGGAAGAAGAAGAAGGUGAAGAGGAUGAAGAAAUAAUCUACAAAAUUGAAAUUCCUGCAAACAGAUAUGACCUACUCUGCCUUGAAGGACUGGCUCAAGCCCUCCGAGUUUUCUGUGGGUUACAGGAUAUCCCCACUUACAAAUUGUCUGACAUUAGUAAGGAUAAAAUGCUUAAAAUGCAUGUGAAGCCAGAGACAUCUUUGAUUCGGCCCUAUGUUGUAUGUGCUGUAUUAAGAGGCAUAACUUUUGAUAAAGCGAGAUACAACAGCUUUAUUGACCUCCAAGACAAGCUGCAUCAAAAUAUUUGUCGGCGAAGGACCCUUGUUGCUAUUGGCACUCAUGAUCUGGAUAAACUGGAGGGUCCUUUUACCUAUGAGGCUUUACCACCUUCGAGUAUUAACUUUACACCUCUAAAACAGGAAAGGAGCUUCAGGGCUGAUGAGCUCAUGGAGUUCUACAAAUCAGAUUUGAAACUGAAGAAAUUCUUGCAUAUUAUUGAAGACUCACCCGUUUAUCCUGUUUUAUAUGAUAGUAAGAGAACUGUUUUAUCUUUACCCCCAAUUAUCAAUGGUGCACAUUCAGCUAUUACUCUGGAGACAAAGAAUGUCUUUAUUGAAUGCACUGCUACUGAUCUGACAAAGGCGAAAAUUGUUUUAAAUACAAUGGUAACAGCCUUUGCGGAAUAUUGUGAAAAUAAGUUUGUCAUUGAACCAGUUGAAGUGGUUUCUUCUGAUGGAAAAUCUCACGUAUACCCUGAUUUAUCUAUCUACAAUAUGGAAGUUUCUCUAUCUUACAUUACAGGAUUGAUUGGAGUAUCUUUGGAGGCAGAAGAGGUUACCAAGUUUUUAAAUAGGAUGCAAUUGCAUGCCAAGCAAUCUACAUCUGACAGUAAACAGUGCAACUUUAUUGUAUCCGUACCCCCUACUAGAAGUGAUGUUCUUCAUCCAUGUGAUGUUAUGGAGGAUGUCGCAAUCGCUUAUGGAUUCAAUGCUAUUAAGGAUCAAGCAAUAGUAGAUAAUAAGGGGUCGAAGAGAUUAGCUGCUUCCUUGACGCUACUUCCUCUGAAUGAGCUGAGUGAUCUUAUCAGACAAGAGGUUGCAAUGAUUGGGUUCACGGAGGUUUUGACAUUCAUACUCUGUUCUAAAAAAGAAAACUUUUCCAUGCUAAACCGCAAAGAUGAUAAAUCCAAAGCGGUUAUCAUUGGAAACCCUAGAUCUUCAGACUUCGAGGCUGUCCGGACUAGUCUUAUGCCCGGCAUUUUGAAAACUGCUGCUCACAACAAGGAUCAUCCAAAACCCAUAAAGAUUUUUGAAGUGGGUGAUAUAGCUAUUUUGGAUGACAAUGAUGUUGGUGCAAAAAAUCUACGCCAACUUGGUGCACUGUACUGUGGUGCUAAUGCAGGAUUUGAGAUAAUUCAUGGCUUAGUGGACAGAGUAAUGGAGAAGAAUGGGAUUACCUUUGUUUCACCUGGUGAUAAAUCAGGGUAUUAUAUUGAGCGGUCAGAUGAGCCCGAGUUUCUUGCUGGUAGACAGGCUAGAAUUAUUUACAAGGGAAAGCAAGUUGGGACUUUUGGCAUUGUUCAUCCAGAGGUAUUAAACAACUUUGACAUUCCUGAUCCUUGCUCCUUUGUUGAACUCAACAUUGAAAGUUUCUUGUGA